AUGGCGACAGCAAACUUUAGGUUCAACGCGAAGGAUCAGCAACCGAUUAUUGAUUUAUUACGGGCUCGUGAUGCCGCUCAACUUCAAGAUAAACCAGGACGCGUCGAUGUUAAUCCAGUCAAAUCUCAUGUGAAAUUUCUCAUGGGAAAACUAUUCAUGAUCAUUUUUCUCUUUAUCGUUGCUAUCAUUGGAUUAGCUUCAUUAGUUAUUGGUGUCAUCGGAUUCAAUAAGCGGUGUUAUUUACCACGUCAACCAUCGAUUCCGAUUUGGUUGAUUGUACUGGGUGGUUCCAGCAUUAUUCUUGUUGUUGCUUUGGUAACUUUGAUUUUGGUGGCCACAGUUAUUAAAUAUAACACCAGUGAAAAAGCAUUUCGUCGCGCAUUUAUUGUCAUCGUUGGCAUUGGUGGUGGGGUUUUAAGUUGGUCAGUUGGACCGGGCUCAAAUGCUAUAUUCAGACUACCACAAAGCUCAGGCGAUUGUUUGGGUUUUGUAUUAACUUACUGUACGGCUAUUUACGUCAUCUUGUGUAUAUGCUCAAUUGUUUAUAGUAUAUAUUGCGCGUACAAAUUUUGGAAGCGUUGUUGCACAAGGAAAAGAAACAACAAAGCAACUGUUGUACCGGUACAACCUACCGACACUCCGCAAGAUGCUGCUGAACCUUCUGACGUUCCGAAAGAUAUUGUCGAACCUUCGGAUGCUCCGAAAGAUGCUGUUGAACCUUCUGACGUUCCGAAAGAUAUUGUCGAACCUUCAGAUGCUCCGAAAGAUGAACCGGGUAGUGCAGAAGUGUCUGUAUGUGAUGAAACAUCGACAGAUCUACCACCUUUGAAAAAAAUUCCGAAAAAACUCGAUACAACUUUACACGCCGACAGUUCGAUUGCAUCUUCAGAUUGA